AUGGCUAAUCGCCAGUUUUGUAGCCCCAAAUUGGCGGCCCUUUUCACUCUUUCCAACCUGUCUUUACUGAACGCCGCCUUUGCCACCAACCUACAUCAUGGUCGCAAUCCCCACUGGGGCCGCCGCGCCGUCAAUGCAUACUCAACCUCGAUAUCUCUCGCUUCGGCGUCGACCGCUCCCUCCCAACCUUCAACCGACGCCAAUGCGACGAGCAUUUCGUCGUCGACAGUCACUACUGCAUCAGACGUCGCUCGAACAUCCAUUCCCACGAGCUUUACCUCUACCACCGCAAGUACAUUGUCAUCGACUGCUACUCCGACUACCCUACCGAAUGCGACCACUUCAUCCAUCUUCGAUACGAUCCUCAACCGCCGCAUCGACUUCCUGCUACGAGAUGUUUCAGGCGUGGCGAAUGUCCAAACGUGGCUUGAUACUCUUACCGCGAACGGCACCUGGCCAGAUGUCGACUACACGUCGGGGUGUGAUGCGCAGAAAGCCAACUGGCCGGCCCAGGAGCACUGGGAGCGUAUCGUCACUCUCACUGCGGCCUGGCACGGCGGAUUACCUUCAUCGGAUCAAUGGGUAGCGGAUCAGGAUCUCGCUUCGGGGUUCUUGUCCGCGAUGGAUUGGUGGUUCGCGAAUGACUUCAAUAACACGGACUGCUUGGACUUCGGAGGUAACGUCAAGAAAGGAGACUGCGCUUGCGGUACGCCUGGCCUUUGGAACCAAAACUGGUACUCGAACGCCAUUCUGAUACCUACCUACGUGGGAGAGGCCUGCGUGCUGGCGAACUCAACGCUCACUUCCAGUCAACUGAGCAAGUGCGAGGAGAUCCUCAGUCGCGGGUAUGGCGAGUUCUUCAACACCGUAAGCCCUGGCCACUCCUCCGGUUCGAAUGGUCUUCUUCUGGCCGCGAUUGGUGUUGACUUAGGGUUGUUGACCGGCAAUACCACGACUAUGGCAGAAGCCUUCAACCACGUUGAUAUUCAGCUUGUUCCCGUGCCUGAUAUCAAAGCGGACGGCAUCAAGCCGGAUGGCAGCUUCGGUCAGCAUCUGGGUCUCUUAUACAACGGCAACUAUGGCAAAGACUUCGCAAACGACGUCAUGGCACUUGAAAUCGAAGCUGGUGGGAGCGAGUUUGCAGCCAACGACACGGGUAUGCAAGCUUUCGAGUCGUUCUGGGAUGCCAAUCAGUGGAUGAUCGUCUACAACACGGCCACUGGCGUACUUCACUGGGAUCUGUCGUGCGUUGGGCGCAUGAUCAGUUUCCCGACCGACGACAAUCAGGCGACCGCGGGUCUCAAGAUCAACUUGACGGAAGUCUUGACACUUGGCGAGUUGUGGAACUCUCAGGCACUCCAAGACGUUUAUAAUGGUCUGGAGAAAGAGGUCAGUAGCGCGAAUGCGGGCGGACUCCAGGGACUUCGCGUGUUCCAAAGUAAUGAUUACGUGGUGCAACGCGGGAAGAACUAUGUCACAACGUUGAAGAUGUACUCCGAUCGCACACUGAACACCGAGUGCACCAAUGCACAGAACCCCUACGGCUUCCAUCUCUCCGACUUCACGAUCUAUACGUAUAUCAACGGCGACGAGUACGAGGACAUCGCUGGCGCCUGGGACUGGAACUUGAUACCUGGCUCAACGGUAGACUACGGCAACACACCACUGAACUGUGACGAUGCGAAGGUUACGGGCACAGAGUCGAUGGUCGGUGCUGUGACGAAUGGGAAGAUUGGCGCGGCGGCUAUGAGAUACACGAACCCGCUGACGCUGGACUUGAGCUGGAAGAAAGCCAUGUUCUUCCUCUCAGAUGAUACACAAGUCGUGAUGGUCUCCAACAUCAGCUCGCAGUCCAAUGCUUCUGUCCUUUCCGUUCUUGACCAACGGCGUUACUCCGGAGAAAUCCAUGUCGACGGAAACAUGAUUGACGUCGGCGUACAGAACUUCUCAGCCGUUUCUACUCUAUGGCACGGUCAUACAGGCUACGUCUUCGACAAUGACAUGAACGCAACGCUCACUGUCUCUGCUGGAGAGCGCGAUGCCAACUGGACCAAUAUUGGCAUCUCCACCGUGCAGGGCACUGUCGACCUCUUCACCGCGUACCUUGAGCACGGCAACCUCAGCCGCUCUCUGCAGUACAUCGCGUAUCCUGGAACGGAUCUCAAGACCUUCCUCUUCAAGAGCGUAACUCGGUCCAUUCUCACUAUCGCCAACGAUGACCAGGUGGCUGCAGUGUUCGAUGUCGAUCACGCGGUCUUCGCUGCAGUCUUCUGGGAUGCCACAGGAGGAUCUGUGUCUUACGCCGACCAGACAGUGUCAGCGAGCGGCAAUGUGGCGCUUGUCGUUGAUCUUCGCGCCUGGACAUUGACCGUUUCCGAUCCCACGCAGUCUCUUUCGAGCGUCAACAUCGUACUUGACAGUAAACAGUAUCAUGUAACUCUGCCCACCGACCCUUUGACAGUCGGCACGAGUGUCAUUCAACGGCUAUGA